GGUUUCUCCCUGCAGAUGGAUCAAGCUCCAUCCCUCCACAACCACCUCCCCAAACCAUCUCCCUCCCUUCCUAUCAUCCUCCCAUGAACAGAGCUCACACUUGCUCACAGAGUUUGUUGAGAGAGCACAUCCCUCCCCAAGAAGACUGCAGAGCACAUCCCUCCCCAAGAAGACUGCAACAACAGGGAAAAAAAUGUGUUGAACCCAGAAGAUUGAGUAAGGAGGCACACAACUGUAGGACAGCAAAGAAUGCAAGCAAGAGAGGAUAUUGACUACAAGAAGGAAAACAAAAUUUAAAUCAUGGAAAAUGAUUUAAUAAGAAAAAAAACACUAAUUUAUGAAUCAAGUGGAAAGUUUAACCUUGAAGAAUUUGAAAAAUAGUAUAAUUAUAAGAAGAUUCUUAUGAUAAGGAAUAAAAAGACCAAAUCAAAGGAAAUACAGAUCACAAGGGAUUGUAUCUUCCUCAUUCCUGUUUCUUUUUGAUGCUUCAGGAUAAAGCAUUUUCUCUAGAACCGAAAUUGCGCCCAAGAACAUUCUGUUACCGACUUACUAAGGAGAAACAUUUAAAUUUCUUGGAUUCAUAUUUUUCAGACAAACAAGAAUAUUUUAAGCCGGCUUUCUAUCUUAAAAGUUCUGUUCCCUGUAAAACUGAUACUGAGGACGUUCUGUAUGGAGUGGCUUAUAUAUCUGGGAUUUUGCUGGCUUGUAUUAUGGGACCCUUGGUUGGUGAAAGCAAGAACGCCAAACACAAAAUCAGGUCUUGGUGAUGAAGUGGUGCAAGGAACGCCCAAAUCUUUGGUGCCCACAGACUUACCACAGGUAGUGGCAGACCGUUGCCGAGGCUAUUAUGAUGUCAUGGGUCAGUGGGACCCACCAUUUAAUUGUAUUGCCAGUAGUUAUUUGUACUGCUGUGGAACAUGUGGAUAUCGCUACUGUUGCCAAUUCAAACAUGAUAGGUUAGAUCAGAGCGUCUGCUCAAAUUAUGAUACCCCAAACUGGGCAAACACUGGAAAACCUCCUGCAAAGGGAGAAGAAUCAAGUGAUGACCCAAGCAAAGACAAAACCAACAUGAUUGUAUAUAUCAUUUGUGGGGUAGCUGCUCUCAUGGUACUUGUGGGGAUCUUCACUAAGCUGGCAGUAGAGAAGACACAGAGGCCUCAAACUGAUAUGAGUGUAUCCAGGACUCUAGCAGAACUCCUAAAGCAACCAGCCCAUGUGGACCUUUUGAAUUAUGGGCGUAGAGAUAGUAUCCAAGUACAGAUUACAGAAGUUAUACCAAGAGUUUCGCCAAGGAACAGCAUUGAUCGCACAAGCUUAAAUAACAUUGGCCUGACUUCUCCCCUGGUGACACCAAUUGGUCUUUCAUUACCUCAUACUAACAGAACACCGCUGGUUUCUGGAAUCCCAGUACCAGACCAGGACUUUUCUAAGUACACCACCAUAAAAGGUGUUGAAACGGCAACAGAGAAUUUUUUCAAGAGAUUCCCAGUGGUGGAGGUUACUGGAGGUUCCCUCUGUUACAAGCCAGCAGGGCUCCAUGCCCAGGACAGUUCACCUCUACCUGACACCUCCUCUCUCAACCCUUCCAAGCCAAACCACAAGGCCAAAGUGGCUAAAACCAAUACCCAUCCACUAGCAGGCGCUGGAUUCCAGGGCUGGGAUCCAAGUCAUUAUGACAAUCGAAGACAUGUCUAUGCCAAUAAGAGGCAGUACAGCAUUGAGAAGCUCCCUGAACUGUUCAGCCAGCAAGGCCAAUAUACCAACACACCCCAGCGACAGUUUUCUAGCAACAGCAAAACUGAGGUGACUGUCUGAAAGGUCCCAUAUCUACCUUCAAUUCCCAUGAGGCAACAACAAGUGGAUGGUAGACAUAUAAAAGAAGCAUGCCUGCUGCCUCAUCCUAAGUUUGUGGGACCACAGAAAGGCAGAAGGAAGCAGUGGCAAAGUGGUUCUUCUGCUCCGGGCUAGCUGAGUUCAGUUCUUUGAAGACAGAAAUAGGUCAAACAGCAUAAAAUGGACACUAACAAAUGUUGCAGUGAGUGAUUCAUUUGCUGACAAAGAACCUGUGUAAUUCUGAUUUGUCCAUCUGUUCACCUAAAAUAAAAUGUGCCUGCAAAGGCUUCAGAACACAGUUUGCUGCAGAUUAGGGGUCUAGAACAAGAUAUCACAUGUUCCUGUUUUCUCUUUCAGUGUUCUCUUGAUAGUACCUGCACAGUGAAUGUGUUGUCCUUUUGAUAUUGUUGAACCGUUUGUUACUGGUCCUAGGUUAGCAUGAUAAAACCUGAUCUUGCUCCAUGACAGCAAUCUAACUGUCCAGAACUCCUUGCACUGUUCAUGCAGACUGGAUCUUCUCAGUUCUUUGACUUUACUAUGAAUUAUAGUAACUCUGUCUGAUCAUUAACUCCAUACAAUUUUCAGGCUGGAAUGCUGUAACAAAUGCCACCAAAUUGUCAGGAUUAUAGCUGUUGUUGUGAAUGUUGGCAUACGUUCUCCUGAUCAGACAAAGGAAGCAUUUCUUAAGCCUUUGUCUUCAGCUUUAGAAAUGUAAUUACAUAAGAUCGCUGCCAAAGCUUCUCCCUGAGGUGAUAAAAAUGACAUGGGUAGCAAUGCAUAUAUUUCUAUUUUACCCUGCCCAUCCCCUGUGUUAACAGCACUGCUAUUUGUCAAUAAAUCUAUCUGGCUUAAAGGAAUCCAAAGUAACUCUGAAUUAGAUACCACUCAGGGAUAAAGACAAAGGCACUUAUAAAAACAACAUUAGUUAUGACACAUAACCUGCUGUCAUGUUAGAAUUAACCUUACUUUUCCCAGAAAAUAACUGUGUUGUUUAGCAUUAUGGAUUUGCUAUACAUCUAUGUUCAACAUAUGCCCAGUAAAUAGGGUAUGUAUUGGAAAUGCAUUCUGUCGUAUUGUUUUAAUUCUCACUAUGCUAAUGUUAAUUAUUUGCUGUACUAAAUAGAACAGUGCAAAUGAAGAAUGUUUUUUUUUUACUCUUAA